AUGAAUCAACCGGGCUUGUCUAAGAACGCUAGCAACAGGGAAGCGGAGACCGAUGAGUCUCGCCCUACACUGGUGGCAUCGCCCGCAGACCUACCUCCUUUCAGGGAAGAUACUUAUUUUGAAGAGUGGCUCUUAACUGCCAAAUUCAACCUUCCUCUCUAUUCCCGUUGUCAAAGAGUACCUCUUAUCCUUCGCGCUCUUCCUCAUGAUUUAUUCGUGGUCGCAAUCGGAGCCGUCAUCACCCACGACACCGACGUUGACAAAUGCUGUGAUACACUGGCUCAACUUGUUAUCGAUCGUGAGGAACAAACCCUGGCUAGGGACUUCUUUCAGCGUUUUCAAAAAGCUGAUGAGGCCGACGAAGAGUACGCCAGGAACCUCCAUCUCCUGAGGAAAUGCGCGUUCCGCGGCUGUCCUCCAAACAUGAUCGCAAUUUGGGUUACGGUUCCGUGUAAACACGGAGUCCGACCUUCCGCCUUGACUGAGAAGCUCUGCGAAGCAAAGACUAACUCGCUCGACCAAUUGGUCAAGCUCGCAACCAAGAAGCUGCAGAAACUCCGGGGGCCCCGAUUUUCCGGAAACCGCAAAACUGGUCAAAUGUAG